AUGCCAGACCCUCCCCCUGAGCCUCUGUAUUCAUUCCGAGGGAAUAUGAAAUCAGUACACUGCAUCUUGCCUAUAAUAAAUGAAUCUAAUGAAUUACUUUACAUAGGCACAAAUUCUGGACAAGUCCAUGUUUGGGACCUUAAGUUAAAAAGAGAAAAGAUUAAACAUGAAGUUGGUAGUGAAGCUUGUCUUUGUAUUCUUUUCAUUAACAAUUUAUUUGUAACACAACUAAAAGGAUCUAGCAUUAAAUUUUGGAAAGAAAAUUGUGAAGGUCUUUGGAAACUCCAGAAGAUAAUGAAUCAUGAUUAUUGUGGAUUCUGCAAAAUGAAUUCCAUUAAUAGUUAUAUUGUACUGCCCAGCAGUGGCAGCAGUAUUACUUUACAUGACUUUGUCAGUAAUAAAGAAAUCAUUCAACCUCAAGAUAAAAAAAUUGGAGAAAUUAUGUGUCUUAAAGUCAUAAUUCCUAUAAAAUGUAUUUUGGUUUGUUACGAAUCUGGGGAACUAAUUUUAUGGAAUAUGGAUUGGAGUUGUUUAUAUCAAACUAAAGUUACUGAAGAUUGUCCUAUGGCUAUUGAUUAUUGUGACCUUACAAAGGAAGGGAUUUUGGGAACUAAUAGUAAGACAUUAUUAAAGUUUAAGUUAUGUGAUGAUCAGAAAAUCAGCAUUGUUGGAGAAGUGACUUUAACCAAUCCAGGUGUUAGCUCUAUAGCCAUUAAUGAAAAAGGAAAACUAUGUGUUAUUGGAUGUUGGGAUGGUAGAAUAAGAUAUUAUACAAUGAAAAGUUUAAAAUUGCUUGCAGUCUUAACACAUCAUAGUAGUUCUGUUGAUGGUAUUGCUUUUGUAAACCAGAAUGUUUCUUUUUGUGGGAGUGGUUUGGUUAUAGCUGGUGGUAAAGACAACAAAGUAAGCUUGUGGAAUUUGUAUUCUGAAUGUAAGAAUGAAGUUGUUAAAAAUAAAACAUGA